UCUGUUGUUUUUGUUUUGUAGAUAUGUAUGUGUCAGAGCAUCAAUGUCUAAAGUCGUUGUUUCCUUCCAAAUAUCCAAAUGAAGUAUUGCCAAUUGCCAAGUUAGUAACAUGAAGCACCUGCAUGGGUCCUACACUUGCCCGCGACACCGCAAAAGCAAAACACGAAACUCGCCACGUUAUCACAAAAGCAAAGCCACGUCACACCAUCUCACUGUCAACGACACUUACUACUAUUAUACUAUACUAUUUCCCGUUUCACAUUGCCUAUCUAUUUUGAUAAACCCACAAGCUGCCUCCUUAAUUUCUUUACCAACAGCAACCAUAUAAACAUAAAGCAGAAAUAAAAGGAAAAAAAAAAGAGAGAAAAAAAAUGGAGGAGGACAAAAACAAUAACACUACGAGCACGAACACAAACGUGAUCGCACCAUUCGUUGCCAAAACAUAUCAGAUGGUCAACGAUCCUUCGACCGAUUGGCUCAUCACCUGGGGACCUGCCCACAACAGCUUCGUCGUCGCUGACCCUCUCGACUUCUCUCAACGCAUCUUGCCUGCUUAUUUCAAACACAACAACUUCAGCAGCUUCGUUCGUCAGCUCAACACCUACGGUUUCAGGAAAGUGGAUCCUGACCGGUGGGAGUUCGCGAACGAGCAUUUCCUCAGAGGUCAGAAGCACCUGCUCAAGAACAUAGCGCGUAGGAAACACGCGCGUGGGAUGAUGGAUGUGGAGGACGGCGAGAUCGUGAAGGAGAUCGAGCGGCUGAGAGACGAGCAGAGGGAGCUUGAGCUGGAGAUUCAGAGGAUGAACCAAAGGAUCGAGGCGACGGAGAAGAGGCCGGAGCAGAUGAUGGCGUUUCUCUACAAGGUCGUUGAUGAUCCCGACCUCCUCCCGAGGAUGAUGCUCGAGAAGGAGCGAUUGGUCUCCGACAAGAAGAAGCGUCGUGUCACGGUGAAGUCAGAGGAAGGGGCAGAGGAGGAGGAGAGGGUCUUUGGUGUGGUUUCACCGUCGCCUUCCCCGCCGGAGAAUUCAAUAGGAUGGGUUGUUCCCAUGCAGAGGCAGGGGACGUUUGGUAGUUACUACAACGAGACGGGUAUGGUGGCGAACUCGAUGAGGUCCACUUCGUCGAAGUCAUCAUCGUUGACGUCGACGUUGUCGUUGCCGGAGAGCGUAAACGGAGGAUGUGGGAGUGUUCAGGGGGAGACAAGGGACAAAGAAGCGGCGACGUUUGGAGGAGUGGUGGAGUCAAAUCCACAAACACCGCCUUAUCCGUUUUCUUUAUUUCGAGGUGGCUUUUAGAUCUAUUAGCUUCACAUGAAAUAUGAUCUUUGGUUCUUCUUUAUGUUACUAUUUGUUAUCAUUUUUCUUAAACUAUUUGUAAUGUAUAACCAACCAAUAAUAAAUAGGACAGAUCGAUAGUUGUUAGUUUCGUGAGUAUCAGGACAGGGAGACUGUGUCAGUAGUCAUAUCGUUUUAUAGAAAGUUGACAGUAUUUUUGCAGAUUAUACUGUUAAAAAGUUCAUAUGUUGACAUUGUUUUUCCUUAUUGUCUUUUAAGCGGGUUUGUAAUUCACAAUUUGUAAUAACAACAAUUUUGAUCUUCAA